UCCUCCCUCCAGUCAGUGUGGCGCACAAUAGCGUCAGAGUGUGCACUAAACGCACACACUCUAGUUUCAACUCGAUCGUGCACACUUUUUGGACACUUUUACGCACUUCUCGUUGGCUUCCAAUGGGAAUUAAUCGCGUGCGCGUAACCUUUGCGUCGAUUCCAAGAACGCUGUGAUUUGAAUUUUUAUUCCUUUAUUUUUGGAGGGGGGAAAACUUUCGAGGCAAACAUGCCGGAGAGAAUCAGCAUUUCUGAUUUUGUGGAUCUGACCAAUGAGGAUCUGUCGUCGCCGGCCACGUCCACUUUUCAGGCCAAAAUGAGCGACUGCCGGAGCACAGUGUCCGCCGUGGAGGAGUCUCUGGAGAUGGAUCACACGACUCUACAAAAGAUGAAAAAGAUGAUCAAGGCCAUCCACAGCUCUGGAAUCACUCACAUGGAAGCCAAGGAGCAAUACACAGAGGUCCUGGAGAAACUGGGCAACAGCCACCUGAGCCAAGACAACAACGAGGUCUCCACGGGCUUCCUCAACCUGGCCGUGUUCACCCGAGAAGUCACGGCCCUGCUCAAAAAUCUGGUGCAGAACCUCAACAACAUCAUGGCCUUCCCUUUGGAAAAUGUGCUGAAAUCGGAGCUGCGCGACAGCAGAUUGGAGCUGAAGAAACAGAUGGAGAAGAGCUGGAAGGAGUACGACUUAAAAAUGGCAAAACUGGAGAAAGAGCGCAAGGAGAAGAGCCGGCAGCUCAUCCGGACCGAGGGAUCGGACAGUGGGGAGGACAUGGAGAGGGAGAGGCGGACCUUCCAGCUGCAGAUGUGUGAGUACCUUUUAAAGAUACAGGAGCUGAAGGUCCGACAAGGCCCCGAUCUCCUCCAGAGCCUCAUAAAGUUCUUCCAGGCCCAGCUCAGUUUCUUUCAGGAUGGCCUGAAAGCUGCAGAGAAUCUUGCUCCCUUUGUAGAGAAACUGGCGUCCUCGGUUCACACGGUCCGGCUCGACCAGGACGAGGAAGUCAAACAGCUCACUCAGCUGAGGGAUUCUCUUCGCUUGCUCCUGCAAGUGGAUGGCAAAGAGGAAUACCUAAACAGGAAGAACUCGGGCAACGGUUACAGCAUCCACCAGCCGCAAGGAAACAAGCAGUACGGGACGGAAAAAUCGGGGUUCUUGCUGAAAAAGAGCGACGGGAUCAGAAAAGUGUGGCAGAAGAGGAAAUGUGGAGUCAAAUUUGGCUGCCUAACCAUCUCUCAUAGCACGAUCAACCGACCGCCAGCCAAACUCAACCUCCUGACCUGUCAGGUGCGAGCAAACCCGGAGGACCGCAAAGCAUUUGACCUGGUUACUCAUAAGCGAACAUACCAUUUCCAGACGGAAGACGAGCAGGAAUGUGUGAUCUGGGUGUCGGUGCUGCAGAACAGUAAGGAAGAAGCCCUGAACACAGCGCUGGGAGGAGACCAGCUUCACCUCCAGGACAGCGGCCUGCAGGAGCUUUCCAAAGCUAUCAUCAAAGAACUUCGCCACAUGCCCGGCAACGAUGCCUGCGCUGACUGUGGCGCACCAGAUCCAACAUGGCUGUCCACAAAUCUUGGCAUCCUGACCUGCAUUGAAUGCUCGGGGAUCCACAGAGAACUGGGCGUCCACUACUCCAGGAUCCAGUCGCUGACCCUGGACCUGCUUAGCACCUCUGAGUUACUGUUGGCUGUCAGCAUUGGCAACACAAGAUUCAACGACAUCAUGGAGGCGGGCCUUCCAAAUGACGCUGUCAAACCUUUACCACAGAGUGACAUGAAUGCCAGAAAGGAGUACAUUGUGGCCAAAUACGCCGAGCGCCGCUACGUCCUGCGCAGGGAGACGACGGAACCCGGCCAGCUGUACGACGCCGUGAAGAGUCGAGACCUGACGUCUCUGCUGCAGCUCUUCGCCGAGGGGGCGGACCUCGCCAGACCGCUUUCGUUGGCUGAUGGACAGGGUCUGAAAGAAACUGCUCUUCAUCUGGCCGUGCGUCUGGAAGAAAGAAGCUCUCUGGCCAUCGUGGACUUCCUGUGCCAGAACAGCAACUGCUUAGAAAAGAGGACAGUGGAAGGCAAUACGGCUCUGCACUACAGCGUCCUCCAUCACAAACCCGAAUCGCUCAAAUUGCUGCUAAAAGCCAAGGCCACUCUUCACAUAGUGAACUCUGCAGGGGAGACUGCCCUUGAUAUCGCCAGGAGGCUGCAGCACACGCAAUGCGUUGAUCUGUUGGAGCUGGCCCACAAUGGGAAGUUCAACUCUCAGAUUCAUGUGGAGUUCACGUGGGACACUCAAGCUCAGGAGAUCUACGACAGUGAGGACGACUUGGACGAGAGGGUGAGCCCCGUACCAAAGAACCGCUCUCCGGUGUCGUCCAAUGGCGGCGUGGGAGCCCGCUGGAGUGUGGUGAGCAGCACCGGCGGUAGUCCGGCCAGCAGACCUUGUCAAACCUACGAGAACCUGGAGUUCCUCUACAGAAAUCCCCCGGCCAACAGCGCCCCCUCUGGCAUAUCCGUGCCACCACCGCUGCCCGCUAAAUCCAUUCCUAAAGGUCGCUCCGAUCCUCAACUGUCGCUCACAACGCCAGACGUGAGCCUCCAACCUCCCAGACGCGCUUCCAACCCGUCCUCCACCACGCCCGGUUCCCAGGCGCAAGCCAGAGAGAGCCCCCCAUCCCCUGCCACGGAGAAUCAGCCGCCGGCUGGAAAAGCAACCAAGGGAAGUGGGCUGUGGCCUCACAGAUUUUCCGGGGAAGUGCAAGCCGGCACUGCCUGUGCCUCUCAAAGCACCGCCACGUCAUCCCAGAACCACAUUGGGCCUGUCAGUUCUGAAAAGACCACAUCUUAUCGUCGCACCAGCAGCGGAGGAAACAACCAGGGCAAGUGUGCCGCGUUGUCUCCCACCAGCAACCAGGAGGAGCCAUAUUGUAUUGUAGGUGGUAAUUGCGCAAGCCUCGGCCUGGCACCCACCACAAUUGCCCCGACUUCUUCACCUGGCGUCACCCCUGCCCUGCGACCACGCCGGAAUGCUAUGGUGUCGGGCAACAGGCACCACCAGAAGCGGGUCAAGGCCAUAGUGGAUGGCAGACCGACCAAUUCAGAGCAGCUGACCUUUUUCAAGGAUGAGACAAUCGUGGUCACGGUCUCUACUGACCCCCACUGGUGGGUUGGUUACAUAGAAGGGGACUCAUCUAGGAGCGGGACCUUCCCUGUCAACUAUGUCCAGAAAGUGGCAGAUUAAACAUGUCUGUGAAUGACAAACUGAAGCAGCAUCAGAUGCUGGUCGGCGUUUUUUUAUAUUUUAGCGAGCAGGUGGACUUUAAUGCUGUUUUCCAACACGGAUUUACUCAAACUGGAACAUGGUGAGUGGAUGAAGGACAUUACCCGCCAGAGACUACACAAAGUGAUUUGAAAUUGCUGACAAGGAAUAUCAAACCUUUGUAAAUAUUCAUGAAGUCCUCCAUCCUUAUAUUGAACUUUUCUCAUUUUUCUGAAGACGUUUUUGUUCACAGGUACGGACGGCAUUGGCCAUUUCCUUACUUUUCCGAGCCAAUCGUUUUUAAAAAUGCACUUUAAACUCAAAUGGAAAAAGUCCUCGGAAAUGCAUGUUCAUGACUCAAGGCCGGCUGGUGUCUAAAGACGUUGCUAGUUGAUAUCAUGGACUUAAAUAGGAAAAUGGGUUUUGUGCUUGCAUCCAAAAAGAUCUUCUUCAAUAAUUAACAUUAGUCACAGACUAUCAGGCUGGAUUUACACAAUAAUUCAAAGUGGCCAAUUCCAAUCAAAUGAUGGGGCACACAAAUGAUACAUAUCUUAUUUGGUUGAGUCCUGAUAAUACGUCUCAAGAUAUACAAUCCAUGCAUUUUUUCCCCUCUUUCCGCCGUCAUGGCGUAUUUCCCAGUUGUGCCAUUUGAGAAUAAAAGAAAUAAGACGACAUCUCAUUUGAACCACAUAGUGUAAAUCCAGCCUCGGGGAUAUUUGCUGAUAUGAGUGAUUGUGUGAAAAGAGUUACUGGAAGUGUGUGCACAUCACGGACACACGAUUGCACUUGCUGUACAUAUUGUAACUAGCGCCUGGUUUUUAGAAUUUUUUUUUUUAUGUGGACAUAUAACUAAAAAAAACUUGUAACUCAUGUCAUGGGGAUUACUGUACAUGCUAAUUGAUGUAUAUAAUCGUCUAAAAUGUCAAUGGUGUUUCUGUGAGUGAAUAUUUUUCCCUCAUGUAGUCUGUCAAAUUUACAUUUGUUGUCAAUCAUGCACAUUUGAUGUGCCUACUGAAGCUUCACACACUUGCGUACUGGACAUUUUAUGAGGUACACGUUCACACUGUCUGAGGGGAAUAGUUGACUAAGCUAUCCCCUUUUGUUAAUGACCGAAAUUAAAUCCAACGUCUAAUUGAUCCUCCAAGCGUAGACAAACACUCCCGAAUCCAACGCGUUUGUGCAAUUUGACAGCUGCGGUUGCCUUGUUAAUAUUCCCAUCGUGCCUCUGUAACCUCCUCUCCGAGCACGGCUGUCUCUUGGCAGCUGCAGCCCGGUGUCCAGCACGAUGACAUUUCAACCUGUCACUUAUGUAACAAAGCCGAAUAAUAACAGCGGCUUCGUAGCCAAUACGCACGGGCCCUAAGCCCUGUAUGGAUUUAUGGCAUUAACGUGUGCACAACACAGCGCUGGAUGCCGCGCUAAUCUGCGAAAAGCAAGAAUGUAUCUCUGGAUUUUAUUUAAGCGUGCCCUGAAUACGUUAUUAGCGUCUGUUUAAAAGCCAUCUGUGAUGUGUAACAUUGAAAUGGAAACGAGAAGGUUCUCUUUAUGUGUACCGUACCCCGAGAUGUGCCCUUAAUGCUUCCAUUGGGUAAGCAAAGCCAAAAACAUUCAUCUUAAUGUCAAUCUAUAAAUCCUGUCUCACAAUAAUAAGUGCUAAAUCAAAAGUGGAUUGCAAUCGCACUCAUUUCCAGUUAAAAAUGCACGGUUAUCUAACUUGGGUUUUUCAAUGCAUUUCAAGCUCAAGAGCAUCUUUAAGACCCCAAUUCCGUUAAUCGAAUGCAAAGUGAUGAUUAAAAUAGAUACACAUGUCGCAUUAAAAGCUGGCAGUAAAUCCAAACAAUUCGGAAUUCGCAGGAAAAAAAAGCUUGGGAUCUUAUGUAACAUUUUUAAUCAUUAAGUCAGUUUAAUCCUAACGACGUUUCCUUUUAGUCUUGUACAUUGCGGCGCUGAGCUUAAAUAGUCAAGAGUAUUUGACUUUCAACAUGACACGCACGACAUUCAGCGAAAGUAAACAGAAAACGAAACAACAUUCAGUCUUUGCACUGUGCCGUAAAAAGCUUGUUUUCAAAAGUGAUAAAGGUUGAUUCCAUUAGGAAAGCGUGGCAGUAAGGCUCCAAAUAGUUGAAAUGUACAUUAACAAAUGUACAACCGCCGCGAGGGUCAGUCGAGAGCAAAACAUUCAAUCAUAUGCAGCAAAAUGUGAUUUAAAAAAAAGUCAAAUAAAAAGUACUUAAUAUACUUAAAUAUACUUAAAAGUACUUAAUAUAAUAUACUUAAAGGUGUACCAAUCACAUAACGAUACAAAAGAUCAAGAAAGUACAUUAAAAUGCAAAUUCAUAAAUACAUUUGGACCUUUGUAUGUCCAAAUUUUGUGUCAGGAGUAGAGCUGAACAAUUCAUUGACCUCAAACUGUCUUUCCUAAUAAUUCAUGCUUCAUUUGCCUUUAUGUUAGCUUAAGUCCAACCUUUUAAGACCACAAUGCUUAUGUAAACUAAAUCGAUAAUACAAUAUUCAAUUAUGGCUUGUGUUUGGGGGGGGGGGAUACAUGGGAAGAGGAGGUUGAAAGAUUUAAAUUAAUCACAAUGAGAUUAGUUUUAAAAAUUUAUAUAUUUUUUCUGAACUCUAGAUUUUUAAAUUUUGCAUGUGUAUCUAGAUUUGUUUUUAAAAUUAAACCUAUCGCCCACAAAUGAUUUUAUUACACUUACUUUUUGAGUCACAGUUUUUGUUGAAAAAGCGAAAGAAUUAUGCAAAAACAGCUCAUGUGAAAAUCUCAGUUAAAGUCAACAAUUAUGCAUUAUUUCAAAAAACUGAAUAAUCUUUUCUGCAUUGUUCUCCCAAUAUGAAAGCAUCUUGCCAACCAGAGGUCCAAAUAAAAAAUAAGAACCCCAAAUCAUAUACAGUACUGUAUUUUCUCACAGGGGGG